AUGGCAAUGUACAUGUGUUCCUUGAGUUCGCUGCUGCUGGUGGUGGUAGUGGUACCCUUCCUCGUGUCACUGUCACCUGAGCUUGCCUUGAAGGCCGGCGGUGCUGCAGCAGGAGCCGACGACGACAAGGCCGCACUGCUGGCCUUCAAGGCUGCGGCAAUCAGCGGAGGGUACGAUGAUCCGCUUGCUUCGUGGAACGACAGCAGCAGCACCGCCGGUGGGUUCUGCAGCUGGGAGGGGGUGACAUGCCGAGGCAAGCAGCACCAGCGACCGCGAGUUGUGGCGCUGAGCCUGCACUCACGCGGGCUCGUCGGCUACCUCUCGCCGGCGAUCGGCAACCUGUCAUCCCUCAGGGUCCUGAACCUGAGCUCCAACGCGUUCAGCGGGGCCAUCCCCGCGAGUCUUGGCCACCUGCACCACCUCCGGGCCCUCGACAUGCAGAAUAACACCCUCACCGGCGACCUCCCUGUGAACUUGACAUCCUGCACCAGACUCACGGCCAUUCACCUCCGUUCCAACCAGCUCCAGGGUCGCGUGCCCCACGAUAUCGGUACCAAGCUCAUGCUCUUGCAGGUGCUCAACCUGCGGGACAACAACCUCACAGGGGCCAUCCCGGCGUCGCUCGCCAACUUGUCAUCCCUGAGUUGCUGGGCCCUGGACCUCUCGUACAAUUAUCUCAAUGGCGAGAUCCCUCCAGGCCUCGGCUGCCUCCAGGGCCUCCAGUACCUGAACCUCGAGUUUAACCGUCUCGUCGGUGAGCCGCCCUGCUCCUUGUACAACCUAUCUUCGCUGACCAUGUUGCAGCUCGAAGGGAACAUGCUGCAUGGAAACAUGCCUGCUGAUAUCGGCAACAGUUUUCCUGGCAUGAGGUAUCUUUCCUUUUCUCAGAAUCAGUUCACUGGAUCCAUCCCUGCUUCGCUCUCAAACCUCACUGCACUCAUAGACCUUGAACUCGGCAGUAAUAGCCUAAGUGGGCAUGUGCCUCGCACUUUGGGGCAGUUGCGAGCUCUACAAUUCCUAUACUUGCACAGUAACAUGCUUCAAGCGAAUGACAGAGAGGGGUGGGAAUUCGUCACUUCCUUGUCAAACUGCACCCAACUCCAAGAACUAGAUAUUGGCAACAACGUCGCUUUCACGGGUCAGCUGCCAACUUCAAUAGCGAAUCUCUCAACAACACUAAAAUUCUUUUGGUUGAAAAACAGUAGGGUGUCAGGGAGCAUCCCAUCUGACAUUGGAAAUCUUGCAAGCCUCGAAUUUCUCAGUGUGGCGAAUACAUGCAUAUCUGGAGUAGCUCCAGAAAGCAUUGGCAAGCUAGGGAACUUGGUUGUGCUAGAGAUGUAUGAUACUCAACUGUCAGGUCUCAUACCUUCAUCUUUGGGAAAUAUCUCGCAGCUGUCGAAAUUAACUGCAUACAAUGGCAAACUGGAGGGUUCAAUUCCUGCAAGCGUAGGGAAGCUGAGGAAUUUGAUAACCCUUGAUCUGUCAAUGAACCGCCUAAACGGUUCAAUUCCCAAAGAUAUUUUCAAACUACCAGUACUUCUUAUUUGCAACUUAUCAUAUAAUUUACUAUCGGGAUCCCUUCCUUCUGAAGUUGGUAGCUUGGGGAACCUUAAUGUCCUAGUUCUGUCUGGAAACCAAUUAUCUGGUGAGAUACCAGAUAGUAUUGGGAGCUGCGCGGUGUUGGAAGGGCUAAUGUUGGACAACAACUCAUUUCAGGGAACUAUCCCUCAAUCUAUAUGCAAUAUAAAGGGUCUAAGUGCACUUGAUUUGUCCAUGAAUAAGUUGUCUGGUACUAUUCCUAAUGGCAUUGGUAGUAUACGCAGUUUGCAAUAUUUGCAUAUGGCACACAACAACUUGUCCGGAACCAUUCCUACAACGCUUCAGAACCUGACAUCACUGUACGAACUAGAUCUAUCUUUCAACAAUCUGCAAGGGGAAGUACCAAGAGAGGGCAUUUUCAGAAACUUGACCGAAUUUUCAAUCACCGGAAAUAAUGAGCUCUGUGGUGGAAUACCUCAGCUUCAUUUAGCUCCAUGCCACAAUAAUUCUGUGAAACAGAGCAGAAAAGUACAGCUGAGGUAUAUUUCAAUAGUCCUGGGAACAGCAAGUGCUCUCUUCUUCUUAGGUUUAGCCAUUACACUUAUUCUGUUUGCACGAAAGCAUAAGAGCUGCAUCGGACCGACAUUAGCUGAGGAACAGUAUGGAAGACUUUCUUAUCAUGCAUUAUCAAAUGGGACCAAUGGGUUUUCUGAAGCCAAUUUGCUUGGUAAAGGAAGCUUUGGGGCAGUCUAUAAAUGCACUUUUGAAGAUGAAGGAACUAUCGCAGCUGUGAAGGUUUUUAACCCAGAACAACAUGGAUCUACUAGAAGUUUUACGGUUGAAUGUGAGGCAUUGAGAAGGGUACGCCACCGAUGUCUCAUAAAGAUCAUCACAUGUUGCUCAAGCAUCAAUCACCAAGGUCAAGAGUUCAAGGCAUUGGUUUUUGAGUUCAUGCCCAAUGGUAGCUUAAAUGACUGGCUUCAUCCAAAGUUUGGCUUGCGCACUCCAAGCAAUACUCUCAACCUAGCACAACGGCUAGAUAUUGCUGUUGAUGUUAUGGAUGCUUUGGAUUAUCUUCAUAAUCACUGUCAUCCACCGAUCAUUCACUGUGAUAUUAAGCCAAGCAACAUCCUUCUUGCAGAAGACAUGAGUGCUCGAAUUGGAGACUUUGGCCUGUCAAGAAUCCUCGCAGAAUGUGCAAGUCAAACCAUACAAAAUUCCAACAGCAUGUUCGGAAUAAGAGGUUCUGUUGGUUAUGUUGCCCCAGAGUAUGGUGAAGGUUCUUAUGUUUCAGCUCUUGGUGAUGUUUAUAGUCUCGGCAUUUUGUUGCUCGAGAUGUUUACUGGAAAGAGCCCGAUUGAUGAUAUGUUCAGAGGUUCACUAGAUCUGCACAAGUUUUGUAAAGAUGCUCUUCCAAAAAGAAUCUGGGAGGUAGCCGACACAGCAAUGUGGCUGCACACAGCCACUCGUGAUAGCACUACAAGAACUCGAAUUGAAAGUUGUUUGAUUUCUGCCAUUGGUCUUGGGAUAUCCUGCUCGGAGAAACAUCCCAGAGAGCGAAUACUUAUACAUGAUGCAACAAUUGAGAUGCAUGCUAUCCGAGAUUCAUACCUCAUCUUUGCCAGACCUCUUGAGGCGUAG